AUGCCCCGGGAAUGGAACAAAUGCAACUACUGGAAUUACGCGAACGGGGAAAGGGCGAACACAAAGCCGACUCAGGACGAACGGCCCCACGGGGACGCGGCAAGGCAGCCGAGACGGGCAUCGGAUAAGAGAGUUGUGGUCCCAUCGGUCGAGGCGGGAAGACCGGCCGGCCAAGAGCGGACAGGAGCGGAGAAAAAGGACGCUGCAACGUCUCCUGCACUUCUAUCGGGGCAGAAAAAGGAACGCCGGGGAGAACGUCAGCCGUCUACACUCUCCUUUCGAAAGAUGCACUCUGCGGAGGUCUCGGAAGAGACGAAACAUUCGGAAACUCCCCUCAGGCAGCGACGAACCAUUCUCUCCCGAAAUUUUCGGGGAGAAAAAGAACGCGGAGGACGGGGCAGAGAAACAGAAAACCUCCCAAUGUGCUGGCGAAUGAACACAGGACGUUCAACUUUUUCAAUACUUGUCAACUAA